AUGCAGAAGAUUUACUGCAGUGCUGAACUGAAAUUACCAAGUCGUCGAGUAUCAGUGGGUGUCGUCCUUGUAUGCUUGGCUGGUAGUGCGCAAUUUGGAUAUCAGGAUGCAAUAUCGAUGAUUGCUUGGAACGGUAAUGCAGAUGCUUUUACUGAAGAUGUUGUCAAGCAGAGCCAUUUCGACGAUCACUCAAGCAUAAACAUUCAUCUUCUCAUGUUUUAUGUCGGCUCUGCAAUCGGCUUUUUGUGUUUUGCGUUCAGUGCUCGAUUAUUGCAGAUACAUUGUGGUCUUUUAAUUGGCUUGACUAUGAUUGUUUUCUCGUCGUCACUUUUCAUACCCUUCAGCUGUAUGGCUGCGUUCGGUAUAUCCUCAUUCUUACGAUUGUUCGCUGGAAUUUCAAUUGGAUUUUUCAUUGGAUAUCAAACGAUUUUUAUUAAUGAGAUUUCAUUGGACGCAUAUCGUGGUAGUCUUCUUAUUUUUAGCGGAAUUUCUGUGUCACUUGGUGCCGUCGUCGGAGUGACAGUUGCACAUUUGGGUGUAUUGAAGUGUGCAAAUUGCUUGUAUUUUGCUUUGUCAAUACCAGCCUUAACAUCGAUUCUAAUCUUUAUUUACAUGAUGAGGCUGAAAGAACCACCCAUUAUACUAUUAAUGUGUGGCUUAGACGAAAAAGCCGAACAAAGCGCUCAAUAUUAUCAUGGUGACGAAAAUACUGGAAAGGCACUUUGCGAGGCAUCUGCUAGACUUCGAGCUCAGAAACAUUCUGCGAUGCGGUGCUUCGCACCAGUAUGGUUGCGUGCGAUAGCAGUGACGAUGUCUGUUAAUAUCAGUGCAGCCUUAUGUCAGCAAUCACCCAUCAUACGCACAUUACUGCCGAUACAGUUUCAUCAGGUAGCAUAA